AUGGAAAUAUGGAAUACUGAAGAGAUCCCUAAAGAUUGGAAUAUGGCAUUAAUUUGCCCUAUACACAAAAAGGAUGAUAAAAAAGAAUGCAGCAACUAUAGAGGUAUUACCUUAGUGAAUAUAACCUAUAAAAUCUUAUCGUAUUGCAUUCUAGAUAGAAUCAAACCUUUGGCGGAAAAUAUCAUAAAUGACUAUCAAGGUGGUUUUAGAGAAAAUAAAUCCACAAUAGAUUAAAUAUUUAUUAUAAGACAACUAUAUCAAAAAACCUGGGAAUUCGAUCAAGAUCUACAUACACUUUUUGUAGAUUUCAAAAAGGCGUAUGAUAGUAUUAACAGAGAAAGUAUAUACAAAAUUUUAGAACAUUUCCGCAUCCCACAAAAGCUUAUAGGAUUAAUUAAAGCCACUUUAAAUGGGACCAUGGUAAAAGUGAAAGUUGGUAAUGUACUAUCAAGAGAAGUUCAGGUGAAUACAGGCCUACGGCAAGGUGAUGCACUAUCCCCAAUUAUUUUUAAUUUAGUUCUGGAAAAAGUAAAUAGAAUGAUGAAUAUCUCACCAGAUGAAGGGGUGAAACUCGAUGGAACAUCAAUAAGUAUUUUAGCACACGCAGAUGAUAUAGCGCUUUUAGGAAAUAAUAUAAAUACAGUGAAAAGUCUGUGCGAAAGACUUAUAACAGCAGCGAGAAGAGUUGGAUUGCAAAUUAAUGAAGAGAACACAGAAUAUAUGGAAAUAAGUAGACAACGGUACGGAAGGCAAGCAGAAGAGUUUCUAAAGGUAGGUCCUUAUAGUUUCAAAAAUGUAUCACAAUUUAAAUAUUUGGGUACAAUGAUCGCCCAUUCAAACAAUAUGGAGUAUGAAAUACUUAAUUUCUCCGCGGAAAAAAUGGUAGAAAGUCUAGAAUAA